GCAGCGGGGCUGGCUGGAGGAGUGCAGACGGCAGGGGCCGGGAAGGGGUUAAGCAGGUCGGAGCAGCCUGGCCCCUCGCCCCUGUGCUGACAGCCCUGGCGUUUCCGCAGCCUCGUGCAGGCUCAGGGCUGCCUGGACCGUGGUUUCCUCUCCUCUCCGGGAAGCCUGGGGCCAAGCUGCCCUGGCUGGCGCAGGCAGGACUCCCGUAAUGGCUCCUUUCAGCAGCAGGCUGCGGCCAGCUCACAGCGCUGAAUCGGGCCAGGCUGGCCCGCUGGAGUAGGCCCACCUGGAGCUGCGGGCCGUGCCCUCUGGCCUCCUGCUGCUCUGCGGGCCAUGGAGGAGGAAGAGGAGGCCAUAGGGUAUCUGGACAAAAUCCUGGAGGAUGAAGAGGAUUCGGAGCCAGGCACCCCCACCAGCCCAGGCCUGGGGUCUCCCUUCCUGGCCUCCGAGAAGGGCGAGCGGGAUGCCGGGAAAGGGCUGGAGAUGCGGAAGUUGGUGCUCUCGGGCUUCCUGGCCAGUGAGGAGAUCUACAUCAACCAGCUGGAGGCGCUGCUGCUGCCCAUGAAGCCGCUGAAGGCCACGGCCACCACCUCCCAGCCUGUCCUCACCAUCCAGCAGAUCGAGACCAUCUUCUACAAGAUCCAGGACAUCUACGAGAUCCACAAGGAGUUCUACGACAGCCUCUGCCCCAAGGUGCAGCAGUGGGACAGCAAGGUCACCCUGGGGCACCUCUUCCAGAAGCUGGCCAGCCAGCUCGGCGUGUAUAAAGCCUUCGUGGAUAACUACAAGGUCGCGCUGGAGACGGCGGAGAAAUGCAGCCAGAGCAACAACCAGUUCCAGAAGAUCUCGGAGGAGCUGAAAGUGAAGGGCCCCAAGGACUCCAAGGAGAACCACACCUCGGUCACCAUGGAAGCGCUGCUGUACAAGCCCAUCGACCGUGUUACACGGAGCACCCUGGUACUGCAUGACCUUCUCAAACACACGCCGGCCGACCACCCCGACUACCCGCUGCUGCAGGAUGCCCUCCGCAUCUCCCAGAACUUCCUGUCCAGCAUCAAUGAGGACAUCGACCCGCGGAGGACGGCAGUCACCACUCCGAAGGGGGAGACGCGGCAGCUGGUGAAGGAUGGCUUCCUGGUGGAGCUGUCUGAGGGCUCGCGGAAGCUGCGCCAUGUCUUCCUCUUCACCGACGUCCUCCUCUGCGCCAAACUGAAGAAGACGGCGGUGGGGAAGCACCAGCAGUAUGACUGCAAGUGGUACGUGCCGCUGGCCGACCUGGUGUUCCCUGCCCCCGAGGAGUCGGAGCCCUGCCCGCAGGUGCACACCAUCCCGGACCACGAGCUGGAGGACAUGAAGAUGAAGAUCUCAGCCAUCAAGAGCGAGGUGCAGAAGGAGAAAGCUGGCAAGGGGCAGAGCCGAGCCAUCGAGCGCCUCAAGAAGAAGAUGUUUGAAAACGAGUUCUGGCUGCUCCUGAACUCCCCCACCAUCCCCUUCCGCAUCCACAACCGCAACGGGAAGAGCUACCUGUUCCUGCUCUCCUCGGACUACGAGCGGUCGGAGUGGAGGGAGGCCAUCCAGAAGCUGCAGAAGAAGGACCUCCAGGCCUUCGUGCUGAGCUCGGUGGAGCUGCAGGUGCUCACGGGGUCCUGCUUCAAACUGCGCACCGUCCACAACAUCCCCGUCACCAGCAACAAGGACGAUGACGAAUCCCCGGGACUCUACGGCUUCCUGCAUGUGAUCGUCCACUCUGCCAAGGGAUUCAAACAGUCUGCCAACCUCUACUGCACGCUGGAAGUGGACUCCUUCGGGUACUUUGUCAGCAAAGCAAAGACCAGGGUUUUCCGGGACACGACAGAGCCCCAGUGGAACGAGGAGUUCGAGAUCGAGCUGGAGGGCUCACAGUCACUGCGCAUCCUGUGCUACGAGAAGUGCUACGACAAGACCAAGCUCAACAAGGACAACAAUGAGAUUGUGGAUAAGAUCAUGGGCAAGGGGCAGGUCCAGCUGGACCCGCAGGCUGUGCCGACCAAGAACUGGCACAUGGACGUGAUUGAGAUGAAUGGGAUCAAGGUGGAGUUCUCCAUGAAGUUCACGAGCCGGGACAUGAGCCUGAAGAGGACCCCGUCCAAAAAGCAGACCGGCGUCUUCGGGGUGAAAAUCAGCGUUGUGACAAAGCGGGAGCGCUCCAAGGUGCCGUACAUUGUGCGGCAGUGCGUCGAGGAGGUGGAGAAGAGAGGCAUCGAGGAGGUCGGCAUCUACCGGAUCUCGGGGGUCGCCACGGACAUCCAGGCGCUGAAGGCAGCCUUCGAUGCAAAUAACAAGGACAUCCUGGUGAUGCUGAGCGACAUGGACAUCAACGCCAUCGCGGGCACCCUGAAGCUGUACUUCCGCGAGCUCCCCGAGCCCCUCCUCACAGACCGACUGUACCCUGCUUUCAUGGAGGGGAUAGCGCUCUCGGAUCCCGCCGCCAAGGAGAACUGCAUGAUGCACCUUCUCCGGUCGCUGCCCGACCCCAACCUCAUCACUUUCCUCUUCCUGCUGGAACACUUGAAAAGGGUUGCCGAAAAGGAGCCCAUCAACAAAAUGUCCCUUCACAACCUGGCCACGGUCUUUGGCCCAACACUGCUGAGACCCUCCGAGGUGGAGAGCAAAGGACACCUCACCUUGGCCUCUGACAUCUGGUCCCACGACGUUAUGGCACAGGUCCAGGUUCUCCUUUACUACCUGCAGCACCCUCCCAUCUCUUUCGCUGAGCUGAAACGCAACACACUCUACUUCUCCACAGACGUGUAGCCUGCGCUGAGAAGGCACCAGCCGCACACGAACCCAGCCUCCCGGAGCGUGGGGUACAGCACAGACUAGCCUCGCCCCUGCGGGGAGACGGGCACUUCCCCAGGACAGUGCCCUCCAGCCCUGGCCCUGGCCCUGGCCCUGCGCGCCCUCUGUCUAGUAGUCGUGUCUUACGUACCUUCGUGGUCAGGAAUUGUUUUAUGUAUAUUCGUUCGACAGAAGAGGUAGUGACUGACAAGGGCCGCGGGCUCCUCGCUUCGUUCAUUUCCUGCCAGGCUCCUUCGAAGGCCAUUGCAACUUUCCUUUCGCCCUCUCCAGCUUCAGCCAAACGUCCCCUCGGCUCACCCCGCUCGAAGCCUGCAGCAUUGCACCAGUGCCUGUUUGUUUUGCCUGGUCCCCCGUGCGUGCAUGUGCAGCGCUGGCUGGCCUCUCUUGCUUCAGAGGCUGAGAAGGGCUCCCCCUUUCUACCCAUCAAGACAACAAGCUCCACUUUGCCUUGCUGGCCAUGUGAAUGGAGGACUCUGCAUCUGGACUCUGCUCCCUCUUGGAGCAAACCUUUGGCCACAAGAGUGUGUGGGGGGAGGAAGGGAGCUUUUUAACGUCCGUUCCAGGUGCUUUAUGACUUCAUCUUCUAGGGCCCGUGGCCUGUGCUUUCUGCCUGUUUGUUGUGUACGCUGUGGUUAUCCCCCUGCUGUUCUCCUCCCGCUGUGUAGUGUUGGGGGUAACCUGCUCUCUAGGAGGGGGUGGAGGUGCCUUUGGCAGGCUAGUGUGGAAAGAAGAAAGGGCUGUCUCGUUACGCUACCACUAUUACCCCGCCUCCGUCUGGGUGUGCAAACUGACUAGCCUCUAGCCCCUGGCUGUGUCUCCGGGGCCGUUCGGUACGGCCGAGGUUACGCCAGGAGCUCCCCGAAGCACAUCUGCUGGAGUGAUCCGCUGGGAGAACGCCCUCAGUACUGCAGCGCGAGGGAGUGACUGUCCCGAAAGUCUCACAUCCCUCGUCAAUGCAAUGCCUUAGCACCCGUUCCUCUCCGGCAGUCGGCUAAUGGAGACUGGGCAGCAGCACAGUGUAACAGGGCACUUGGGUUCCUUCCCCAGCAUUAACCGGGGGGGCCUCUUCCCACCAGGAGCUGCACUGGGCAACGUCUCCGCUGCGCUACCCUUCUGAGAACCAGGCGCAGGGGAGGGAGGGAGCCAGGCUCUGCUUUGGUGCCACCCAGCCACACGCAGGCCGGUCCCUUGUAAACACCGCAGGAGGCUGCAGGACAACAGGAGGCUGGUUUUUGUUCCUUCCUGCACCAAGGUAAACCGCUUCUGAGCUGAAAGUGAACUCGGAGGGCAGAGCCUCAUGGAGACGGGGCUGGAAGGGGAAAGCCCUGUGUGCUUGGAACAGGAGCUGGAUUCUCCCCAUGUGGCCCUCCCUCGUUCCACCAGCCUGACAUGGUGGAAGCUAAAGCACAUCCCUUGAUCCAUUCAGCCAGCUGGGACAGCUGCCCCCCAGCUGGUUCCCUCCAGCCCUUGUGGCAAGGCAGUGAUGGCUCCACCUGCUGGCUGGGACGUGCCCCACAGACAAACACUUGUAUCUUUUGUGUUCGCUCUUCUGUGGGCUCCUGCUCUCAUAGCUUGAGAGCACCCCAACCUGCCCCCAUGCCCGGAGCCCACAGACAGGUGCUGGGACCUGCCAAGGAAACUCACCCUGCCUGUUCUGACCACUGAGCCCCUGUUCUUGGGGGGGGAAAGCCCCGCCCACUGCCCCCACACCCUCUGUGCCAAAUGCCAAUGGACAGCUGGUUUAUUUGGGGUGACCAAGCAUAUCCCUUGUAGCAGUAGCGCUGCCUUUAACUGCUGUUCCACGUGCUGAAAGCACCAGGCAUGCCCUAAAGACCAGCUUCAGGGGGGCUGAACGCAGCUGCUAGCCCCACAGCACUGAAGCAGCUAAAGGGAGAGGGAAGUCUGGCAAUGUCAGUCUAAAGGGCUUACACUCCAGCCCCCACCGCUGGCCUGCUGGCAGAGCAGAUGAGAAAUGGCGUUGGACACACUGACCAGGUGUCACACUUUGCCCUGGAUAAUGGGGCUGAGCGAAGAUCUAACUGCACAAUGGACCCCUGUGUGUUUUAUGUACCUACAUCUGUCAACUGUGGUGUCAUUUCAAAGGGAGACUAUGGCCCGCCCCCACCUCACGCCAGUUCAAAGGGCUGGAGACCAGCCCCCUGCACAAACUGUGGCAAUCGCAUGGGCUGUGUUUUCAUUUUUCCUACAGCGGGGUGGGAGGUGUCGGACUCUUAUGGCUACAGGUAGAAUAGAACGGUUCAUUCAUAUUUGACUUUUACUAAGUUAAGAUCUAUUUUUUGUUUGUGUUCUGUUUCAACUUCUGUAGAUUAUAAACUUUCAGUGGAUGUAAACCAUGUGAAAAAAUGUUAAUAAAAUGCAAAGCCCUGACGUUUGCACAAAAA